AUGUCCGAUCCGCGCAUUCACGCGGCCGCGACCUUCCCCUUUCUGCCCAGUGCCAAUGAGGCCGGCUCGCCGCGAGCUGGCCCGGCGGAUGUCGCCAGUUCCGAAAUGCUGGGCGCCGCGUCGGCCCUGGCUUCGAUCCUCUCAACCGCCCCGGCUCCCCAGGCGGUCAGUGGCCCCUUCCGAUCGCCGGCCGACCUCCCCCCCGGUCAGAUGGCUGGAUCUCUGUCCCCGUCACUGGCACAUGGCCAAACCAAGAGCAGCCCGGGCUCCGCGCCGAUGACCCCCCCAAGCCCGGGCACGGCCGGGCUGGCCACAUCGACAGGGGCCGCGACGGCAGGCUCGCCCAUGGGAAUGGCAGCCGAGCCCGCCGGGCAGCAUGCAAGCCCGGGCCUUCCUCCGCCUGGCAUCGCGCCACUCAAGCUGCCGGCGACCGAGCCGAAUGCCCCCAGCGCCGGGGCCGCGGCCCCGUCCAUCCUCGAGUGCGCCAGCUGCCUGUACGAUGAGGCGCUCAUUCACCUGGGCGACGAGUGCCCGGUGUUCACUUGCCCCCUGCCGGCGGCGCCUCGGUGCCCGGGGUCCAGCUCGGUGUCCAGCUCCGCCACGCGCUUCCGCUCGAUCAGUCAGUUUGUGCGUCACGUCCGCCGGGCGCAUGUGGCCGAGCGGGACCUCUGGCUGUCGCACGCCGUCCGGCGGAUGCUCUGGCGUCAGCAGGUCCACCCGUCGGUCCCGCCGGCCGGGGCUUUCCUCCCCUACCAGCGCGGGGCAUCCGGGUCGGGCCUCACCUCGCCCAUGGACAGCGGCUUGUCAGGCACGGCCGCCGGGGCCAGCGCCCCGGGUAGCGCGCGCGCACGCAAGCCCAAGAAGAAGCAGCCCCUCUCCCCGGGCCACAUGGCCCUGGCCAAUGCCCUGAUUGAGGUGGCCAACCGGGCGGCCAGUGAGGUCGGCGCGUCGAUCCCGCCCAGCCCCUCGGCAUCCUCGGCAUCCUCGGCCUCCUCGGGCUCCUCGGUCGGGAUGGCGCCUGAGCAGGUGGCCCCCGGCCGGCCGAUCUUGGCGGCCGGCGUCCUCGACACGCCGCCCUCCUCCGAGUCGCCGCCCCCGGCCGUGGCCUUGUCGCUGCCGGGGGCCAUGCCGUCGGUGGUGGCCCCGACUCCGCAGCCCUCGCUCCCGCCGCAGCCACUGCACGACACCGCCGCGGCCCAGGCCCAAGCCCAGCGAGAUUUGUCCAUGCAGAUGCAGCUUGCGCAGUUGCUUCAGCUGCACCAGCUCGCGCAGCAGGGCGCCCCGGUGCUGGGUGUGCCCCAAUCGCAGGCGACCGCGGCAGCCGUCGCCGAUGCCCCGACGCGCGAUGUGCCCGGUGGCCUGCUGGCGCCGGGGCAGCUGCUUUCGGCCCCGGUCGCCUCAUCGGCCGAGGCGUUGGACAUCGCCGACCUCAUGACCCGGCACCUGGCCAACAUCGGCUUCCACGCCAUGGCGGCCAGGACACCGCCGUCAGGCUCCGAAGCUGGUGUCCCUGUGGCGGGAGUGCCUCUGGUGGUGGCGGCCUCUCCGACUGGGCACCGGCCGUCUGGCGAUGGCCAUGGCGAUGGCCAUGCUCCUGACCAGCAAAGCGGGCUGUCGGACGAUGUGAAGCCCGGUCGCGGGCGCGCCAGCCUGACGCCGGUGCGCCGGGCGCCGGGCACCCGGUCGAACGGCGGGGCGCCCGGCUCCGGAUCGCGUGCCUCCUCGGCCGCCCUGUCGGACACGGCCGAUAGCUCGGGGUCCGGUGAUAGCCGGGAAAAUUCGCCCAUGAGCGGCCCCGGCGGGCCCGGCGGGGGGUCAGACCGGCCUGCCGGCCAGCGGACCAAGCGCUUCCGCCGGGCCCCGGAUCUGAUCGACCGGCUGUUUGCCUGCUCGCAUGAUGGCUGUACCAAGGCCUACGGCACCCUCUCGCACUUGAACACACAUGUUCGGCUCCAGGGCCAUGGGUCACCACGGACGCUGCGCGACUUCGAUGCGGCCCUACAGGCCCGGCACCAGGCCACUCGCACGGAGUUGGGCGCAUCCGGCGGUGGGAGCCGUGCCUCUCGGGGGGGAGGUGGCCCCUCCCGCACGCCGGCCGAUGGCACCGGCUCGGCUGCCGGGACCCCGGGCAGCGGCAGCGCCGGCAGCCGGGCAACCCCCUCGCCGCGCUCGGCGCCCGGGACCCGGGGCGCGUCGCGCAGGCACCACCCAGCGCGCGACGAUUCGCCAGCGGCCCUGGCCGCCAGCCGGCGUGGGCAACUCGGCGGCGGUGCUGCCACCAACGAAGAGACCUCCGGGCGUCGGUCGGUCCGCGUGCCGGCCCGGUACCAGCACAUGUCCCAGGGACACCUCCACAUGGCCGAUGAGGAGGACCCGCCCACGGCUGAGGAGGGUGCUGGGGAGAAUGCGGCCGCCGGCGGCGGCGGCGGCGGGGCGGCCCAUUCGGCGGCGCACCCCCGACGCCACCCCGGCCACUCUGAAGACGAUGCCGACCACCACCAUCGAGGCGACGACGAGGGCGACGAUGACGGGGAAGAUGACGAUGAGGAGGAGGAGGAGGAGUACCAGCUGGUCCACGCGCACGACAUGUCUGGCGAGCAGUUGCUCGAGUCGAGCUCCAGCAUGUCCCUCGACCCGGCGCGCAUGCUCUUCCAGGAUAUCCUCGGCUUCCAGGUGGCGGGCGAGGAGAAGGUCGAGCCUUGA